AUGCCGUCGAAUUCUAAUAAUAAUAAUAAUAAUAACAAUAAUAAUAAUAAUAAUACAUUGUUGAAUCUCAAUUCCACAAGUUCACCUAAUCUUGAUGCAAACCAUCAGCAACCUAACAUUAAUAUUACGAAAGAUGAUUUUGAUCGAUUCGAAUUCGGAAUUGUCUAUAUCUUUGUUCUAGGUUUACGUUAUCGACAUUUAAUUGAAACAGUGCAACCACCGAAUCUUUGGCAACCAACAGAUACGUUCAUGUCGGGUAUUCAAAGACCAUAUCCGGCAACUACAAUCUAUCCCAAUGAGUCCAUUGAUCUUGCUGCCUCACAUCAAUUUCAAUCAACGAACAGCUUCUAUCCAACUCAAAAGCCUCAUCAAUCACCGUCCGAAACAGCAUUUCCACCACUAUUUGCCUAUGUUCCACCUAGUUUUAAUCAUCAUUUAACAUCAACUGUCGACGAUAAUUCUUUGCUCAUACAAAACCCUAAUGUAUUUCAUGUAAAUAUGUUCAUAGCGAUUGUCUUUCUUAGUUAUGCUCUUGGAUGUGCAACAACGGUUGCUCUCGUAGUCUAUUUGUAUAUGCGACAUGGAUUCAGUCAGCCCGAACCAAUUGCCGAACAAAAUCAAUACCAAACAUUUCAGCCGCUACCUGAAAAUUUUCGAUCGAAAAAUUCCACUGUUGACACUGUCAAUUGUAUCUUCCAAUUUGUCUUUCAAGAAUUAAAGGAUUCUUCUCGAAUCAGGCGUUAUAUCGUUAAAAAAUUAAAUGUUGAAUUCAAUGAUUUAAGAAAUACUCGCUUGGGAAAGCUGUUCGUUCGGGAUAUUGUCAUACAUAGCUUUUCUUUGGGAAAAGAAUGUCCAAUACUCAGUGAUAUACGAUUCGAACGGCAUGAACAUGACGAACAGAAUUUGAUCAAAGAAUGCCAAGCGACAUUUCAUGCCGACUAUCAAGAUGGUUUUUCUGUCACACUUGACAUAACACUUGCAUUUGAACAGACGUGUCAGUUAUACAUAAAGAUCACACGAAUUCGGGGUGAUGUACGAUUAGAACUCCGUCGUGAACCAUUUUCUCAUUGGUUGCUAGUCUUUCAAGGAGAACCAUUGAUUGAUUUAGAUGUGAAAUCUUAUCUAUCCAAUCGUGAGACAGCUCAAUUAGCACAAAUAAUCAAACAACAAAUACAUCGCGCUAUACGACGUAAACAAAUCUGGCCAAAUUACAAAAUUCGUUAUCAGCCGUUUUUUCCCACGUCACACCGUUCGUCCCCGAAGGAGUGUUUAGAAGUAAUCAAUCCUGACCUUAUACCUGGCAAAUUUCAUAUUAAAAUCAAAUCAUGCGACCGUCUUUCGAUUCCAUACGAAAUCUACAAUCAACAGACAGAAUUAGCAUUAUUCAUUUUUCUUACAAUCAAUGUCAAUAAAUACACGUGCGAAGAUUAUUUAUGUCUGAAUCGUGAUCAAUGGAAAAGAUAUCAGUGCGAGUUUUAUCCGCAAUGUAACAAUAUUCGUGUGAAAGAAGUUUUAUAUAUGGAUAAUGUGGAAUUGUUGAUUGAACAAUUGGAUCCGAUUCCAGAUGAAUUUAAAGAUCAGACGAUCUUUGGAGAAGCUUUGAAGGAUAAAAAUGUCUUUCUACUUGAAAUUCAAGGCAAACGUGUUGAUCAGUUGGAACAAGUGACUCGUUUAUUAAAACACGAUCAAAAAGUACAACUUGUAGUUGCUAUACCAGUUCUCCAAAGUGUUCGAAUACCACGAGCCGUAGAGACAGGACCAGAAUUCACAGAAACAUUGCGACGACGAUUCUCUGUUAAAACAGAUACCAUUCAAGAAUGGACGGGUACUAAACUAACAAAUUCACCACCGGACACGGUUCACUUGAUGAUGGCAAAUAGUGAAUUGCUCGACUCAUUUCAAGCUCGACCAACUCUUACGCAGAAACCUAGUGCAUAUGUCAAAUUUAACUACGACAGCGAGUUUUCAGUCGGAUCGGACGAAGAAUAUCUGAACAUUUGUUUAUGGUGUAAACCACCAGUCGAUUGCAAUGUACCUAAUAUUGAACGAAAACAUAUAUUACUUGGCUAUGCAACAGUUCCUCUCGCGGAGAUUGUUCUCAAUGCUCAUAUGAGCUUCAAACGUGAGACUCAAAUGACACUUAAUUUUCGAUCGCCAAUUUCACCCAAGUCUAAUAUUGAAGCUUAUCGGAAAGAUCCAAAGCGGCAAAAACUAGCCGAAUUAACUACGCACAAAAAGUAUGAUGAUCACAUGGCGCAUGGAUUUGUCACGAUCAGAAUUAGACAUGAACCUGAAAUUGAGAACAGAAGAAAACAAGAAGCAAAACGGCAACGUUCCUUUUCUUUUGAAACGAUCAUAGUCGACAGUGAGCAAUUAUCCUUCGCCGAGCAACCCAUCCCAAAAUCACCUCGUCAUAUUUUCGAAGACCAAACAUUCAGUGUUGGUGUCAAUUGUGCUUUAUGUCAAAAGAGAGUAUGGAUGAAAGCAGGCCGACAAUGUCGGGACUGUUCUGUCACCGUCCAUCGAGCAUGUGAAGAGAACUUUGUGCUGACUAACUUUUGCACACAUGAAAAUAUGCGUUCGAGAUCAUCUACUUUUGAGAAUGACUCCAUAGCGAACGUUGAUCAGACAAAUAUACGGCGAACAAUUCCUAAAGCUACGAAUAAAAAUGAACAAUUCGAACAUAUCAAUGCUGAAAAACGACCUUUCGGGAAUCAAUCAAUCCACUCAUCGUCAAAGUUAGCCGGUGUUGCUUCAUCCGCUUAUAAUAAACUACGCGAAUUUCGGACGAAACGUUCUCAUACUACUUCAAAUUUGGAUCUUCGAAAACCACGAUCGUCAUCGGCGAGUGAAAAUGUGUCUGAAAACGAUCUUCAAGUCAUAUUCAGUAAAUGUUUAACCAAUAACAGUGUCGAUAUGGAAAGUCUAGAGAACCUAUUUCGAGAAAAAGCUGUUGAUCAUGCAGCACUCUACGCUGAAGCAAAUACAUUCGGAGUGGAGUUAUUCAAAGAUUUAGAUCUCGAAGAACGAAAACAAAAGCUCGAAGAUCAAAUCAGUCGAUUUCGACAAGACAUUGCUCUACAGGAUGAAAUUCGUGACGAAUUAAUUAUCGAAAUGAAUAACAAUCUAACCGAUGAAAACGCCAAGAGCAGAAUUCAAAAGAAAAUUAUCAAUGUUGAUGAGAAAGUUCAAGCACUUGCGGCUUUAACCGUCCUGUAUUGUUCGGGUCUUAAACAUUGCUGUCAUCUACUAAAUGCAAAAGUUGAUCAACAUACUGGUAACCCUCAGUAA